GUUGUUGUUUCCAUGGAUACCACAAACUGAACGGUGGAAUUGUUAUGUCGCUUCUCACGCCAUCGAAGACGAUUUUAUUGUCCUAAAACAAGGAAUUAUCAGACUUUUGGAGAGAAGAAACCAAACAAAAGAUCGACGCAGAAAAUGUCCUCAGGGUGGAAUAACUACGGGUUACCGUUUAUACCUGGAUAUAGUUUUAGGGAUCUGACGAAGUCAUCCUUCCAUCGUUCCCAGACACUCAGCUAUAGGAAUGGUUAUGCUAUGCCUCGCCGUCCUUCUGUAGGCAUUGGGCAGGAACCUCUUCUAUCAGAGCAACUAACUCAACAGCAAAUCAAUGAACUGACCUUUGAGAGAUCAGACAUUGCAUACGCCACACAAGACAAGUCCCAUUAUGAGCAAUUCAUCCCAGCACAUGUGGCGCUCUAUCAGAAGACUCUUCGCUUUAAUGCAUACUUCUUGGAGGAUGUCCCACAGUCCCCUGAAGAGGACUACCGUGUUCGCCCAGUGGUAAUUUAUUAUUACCUUGAGGAUGACAGCAUGUGCAUCAUGGAGCCAGUAGUGGAGAAUUCUGGGAUGCAACAAGGGAAGCGACUUAAACGUCAACGUGUGCCAAAGAAUGAACACGGGGAGCAUUACCUGUGGAAAGACUUCAACCUGGGUAUAGACCUGGAGAUGUACGGGGUCAAAUACCACAUAACGCAGUGUGACGCAUUCACUAAGGAAUUCAUGGAGAGUGAGGGCAUAGUUUUGAAUGAGCCAGAACCCACGCCCGAAGAUCCUUAUACCAGACGUCGUAAUAAGCCAAGUGCACAAACUUCCCGGACUACCGGUUCUACAUUUGACAAUUUCCAACGUUUUCCUUACACAGAAAACAUGGUGCUGCGAUUCCGCGCCUUUCGGAUUGAAUCGAAUUCUGCGCACAGGAUUACCUGGCCUGUUGUCAUUAACUAUUACCUGGUGGAUGACACGGUGAAGAUCAGAGAGGUCCAUGAACGCAACAGCGGGCAAGAACACUUCACUCUUUUCAUGCGCAGACAGAAAAUACCGAAAAAAAUCAAAUCAGAGGUUUUCCCUAGCUGUGUGCUGGAGGUCCCCAAGGAGCAUGUGGAAGAGUAUUACUCCCCCAAAGACUUCCAGCUGGGUCAAACCAUCAAGCUUCUGAGCCAUCACUUACUGUUGCUCGACUUUGACAGCUUCACCAAAGAUUAUUACCAGAGGAACUACCCAGACAUGGAGAUGAAAGCUGUAGAGAUAGAAAGGAAAGAGGAGGUUAAAAAGAAGGAGAUCCCACCUUACAAUGGCUUUGGCUCCAUUGAAGACUCUCUUCGAAAUUGUUUUUCCUUAAUCCCUGCACCUCCCAAAGUGAAAUUGCUGAGAUUAGAGGAGGACAAAGUGCUUCGCUACACUGCCCAGCUGGUAUCCCCAUAUCCAGAGGAUGCUGACCGGCAAUUUGUUCUGUCCUACCACCUCUUAAACGACAUGAUCAGUAUUUUUGAAAAGCCAGUGCGCAACUCUGGCAUCAUAGGUGGAAAAUUCUUAGAAAAGACCCGGGUUCCAAAACCAGGCUCCAGCGUGGAUAAUCCUGAGUUCUACUCACCUGCAGACUUUGCUAUUGGAGCCACUGUAGAGAUUUUCAGCCAUCGCUUCGUUCUGACCAACACAGAACACAAUGUGCUCAAUUAUUUGGAGUCCAACUCAAGCCAGAUACCUUCUCAGACUUUGGACUCGGUGAGACAGAAGCUAGGAGUGGAGGCAGCGAAUAACAAGCCUAAGGAACAAAAAGAUGAAGGACCAGUUCCCUGAUCUAAAGGAAAUCCUGUAUAUUUCUCCCAAAAAUGAAACAAUAAAAUGUGUUUGGAGGAAGUAUUCUUAACUAAAUAAACC